CAUUCAUGAGUUAUUGAACUUUAACAUGCCAUACAAAAAGAGACAAAAUGUGGGAUCGAAACAAGAAGAAGUGAGGAAUAUGUUGACUGACAUCAAACAAAGGAGUACAGAUAUUCAAGGACAGCCUCAGAAGGAACAUACAGUAGAACAGAAAGCUGAAGAAAAGAAUGAAGUAGGUGCAAAGGAAAUACCAUCAAAGAGGCGAAAGAGAGGAGCAAAGAAAGCUGAAGAAAAUGGUGAUGAAGCUGAUAUUCAGGGACACCCUCAGAAGGAACAUAAAGGAGAACAGAAAGCUGAAGAAAAGAAAGUAGAAGGUGAAAAGGAAAGACCUUCAAGGGGACAAAAGAAAGGAGCAAAGAAAGCUGAAGAAAAUGGUGAUGAAGCUGAUAUUCAAGGACAGCCUCAGAAGGAACAUACAGGAGAACAGAAAGCUGAAGAAAAGAAUGAAGAAGGUGCAAAGGAAAUACCAUCAAAGAGGCGAAAGAGAGGAGCAAAGAAAGCUGAAGAAAAUGGUGAUGAAGCUGAUAUUCAGGGACAGCCUCAAAAGGAACAUGCAGGACAACAGAAAGCUGAAGAAAAGAAUGUAGAAGGUGAAAAGGAAAGACCUUCAAGGGGGCAAACGAGAGGAGCAAAGAAAGCUGAAGAAAUUGGUGAUGAAGCUGAUAUUCAAGGACAGCCUCAGAAGGAACAUACAGAAGAACAGAAAGCUGAAGAAAAGAAUGAAGAAGGUGCAAAGGAAAUACCAUCAAAGAGGCGAAAGAAAGGAGCAAAGAAAGCUGAAGAAAAUGGUGAUGAAGCUGAUAUUCAAGGACAGCCUCAAAAGGAACAUACAGGAGAACAGAAAGCUGAAGAAAAGAAUGUAGAAGGUGAAAAGGAAAGACCUUCAAGGGGGCAAACGAGAGGAGCAAAGAUAGCUGAAGAAAUUCGUGAUGAAGCUGAUAUUCAAGGACAGCCUCAGAAGGAACAUACAGGAGAAGAGAAAGCUGAAGAAAAGAAUGAAGAAGGUGAAACGGAAAGACCUUCAAGGGGACAAAAGAGAGGAGCAAAGAAAGCUGAAGAAAAUGGUGAUGAAGCUGAUAUUCAAGGACAGCCUCAGAAGGAACAUACAGGAGAACAGAAAGCUGAAGAAAAGAAUGUAGAAGGUGAAAAGGAAAGACCUUCAAGGCGGCAAAUGAGAGGAGCAAAGAAAGCUGAAGAAAAUGGUGAUGAAGCUGAUAUUCAAGGACAGCCUCAGAAGGAACAUACAGGAGAACAGAAAGCUGAAGAAAAGAAUGUAGAAGGUGAAAAGGAAAGACCUUCAAGGGGGCAAAAGAGAGGAGCAAAGAAAGCUGAAGAAAAUGGUGAUGAAGCUGAUAUUCAAGGACAGCCUCAGAAGGAACAUACAGGAGAACAGAAAGCUGAAGAAAAGAAUGUAGAAGGUGAAAAGGAAAGACCUUCAAGGGGGCAAAAGAGAGGAGCAAAGAAAGCUGAAGAAAAUGGUGAUGAAGCUGAUAUUCAGGGACAGCCUCAGGAGGAACAUACAGGAGAACAGGAAGCUGAAGAAAAGGAUGAAGAAGGUAAAAAGAAAAUAUCAUCAAAAAGGCAAAAGAGAGGGGCAAAGAAAGUUGAAGAAAAGGAAAAUGAAGCUGGGUCAAGUGAACUUACUGAAUGGAACGACAUUUCAUCGUUUGAGGAAUUCAGGCUUGCUAACAUAAGACCAGUCAGAAGUAGAUUGCAGUCAUUGAAAACCAAUAAGACCAGUAAACGUUUGAUUCAUAUGGUAAAAGGGGAUGAGAUAACUGCUAGGGUUCAAGGACCUGAAAAGAUGUCAUUGCAUCAAGUUGGGGAUUACUUGAGCAUCGGCAAAUCAAAUAAAACCCACCAAACCAGAAAAGAGCUGGCUAGAUUGAUGAACUUGGUACCACAACCGACAAACACAGAUUCAGCCAUGACAUCUGCUUGGUCAAUGUUAACAAACGGAGAUGUUGAAUAUCAAAUACAGUCCAUCAACAAUAUUACAGAGAUCCUUGUUGACAAGGAGAAAACAAAAAAAGCUGUAUUAAAAAAAAUGAAGGGAACAGCUGCACAAAAAAAGGAUAGCAUUGAAAAAACUAAAGAAAUAAUUGGCCACAUUAUAGAAGAACUAAACAAAACUAAAGUGAACCAAGCCAUGCACGGGAAAGUUUUCGAAGGAUUCUGGAAGACAAUUGAGACAAUGCUGCCAGAUGAUUGAUCUCGAGUAACUACUAUGGUAUGCUCAACUAACUACUAUGGUAUGCUUCAUUGAUAAAGGACACAAUAAUCCGGUGGUGCCUUUAUAUAGAACUAUAAACUAUAUAAAUAUAUGUAGAUAUUGAAAGUUAUUUUGACACUUGCAAGUCAAUGACCAGAAUAUUGUUUUAAUAUUGAUUUGUUUUCUUUAAUGACUAUACAGCGUUUUAACCAGUUAG